UCUGGAGGCUUGACCAGCAAGCAAGAUGGCCGAGCCUGGAGUGCUGGCGUGGCUUCGCGGUCCGGGAACCCGGUGCAAGGCGCUGCCGUGCGCCUCGGCGAGGUGCUCGGUGCGGGACGUUAUCUCUCGACACUGUCAAAACCAGGAAAUUCCUGUGGAUUGUUUCUUUGUGAAAUGCAAUGGAGUCCUCAUUGGCACCAAUGACACAGUGCAGCAUGGAGCUGUUUACAGUUUGGAGCCAAGACUUCAUGGUGGGAAAGGAGGUUUUGGGUCUAUGCUUCGAGCUCUAGGUGCUCAGAUUGAGAAGACAACCAACCGAGAAGCCUGCCGGGAUCUCAGUGGAAGGAGACUACGGGAUGUCAAUCAUGAAAAAGCAAUGGCUGAGUGGGUAAAACAGCAAGCUGAGCGAGAGGCUGAAAAGGAGCAGAAGCGCCUGGAGCGACUGCAGCGCAAGCUUGCAGAACCGAAGCCCUGUUUCACUAGCCCUGACUACCAGAGGCAGUGCCAUGAAAUGGCUGAGCGUCUGGAAGAUUCUGUCCUCAAAGGUAUGCAGGCUGCCUCCAGCAAGACGGUAUCAGCAGAAAUCAGUGAGACUCGGAAAAGGCCUAACAAAUCAAAACCAGACCAUGGAGCCAGCACAAAGAGAAGGAAAUGUUUUUGGCUGGGCAUGGAAGGAUUGGAGGCUGCCUCAGAAUCCAACUCUGGAAGCUCUGAUGAUGAGAAUGAAGAAGCUCCUGGUACUUCAGGACUGAGCUGCUGUGCUCCAGAAAGUGGCAGGGAUGACAUGGAGGUGGCAGUUGGCUGUCCUCGAAGUCCUCGGGGUACAGGAGAAUUGAGCACAGAUUCUGAAUCAACCCCAAAAUCUCAGAAUUCUGAGGCUGACCCUGGGCAGUGUAUUUUCGAGGACACAUGUGCUGAGCUGGGAGAGACAUCUACGAAGGAUCGGAGUGAGGGGAAGAUGAUCAUAGAAACAGAGGAGCCUCUUGGGAGAAGGGAGACAGAGAAUCCUGAGGCUAUAGAAAAGGACACAGUUGGUGCUGGCUUGAAGGACCAAGAGACAGAAGAAAUGAGUGAAGGCCACAAAACUACCAUGGUAGCUUCUGGAAAUGAUGGGAAAAACAUUCCUGUUACCAAACCAGAGGGAAGCUCUUUCGGAGACAUGGCUCUCCAUCAGGAAGCUCUGGAUUUGUUAGCUUUCAGUUCCUCGGCAGAGCUGGAGUUGCUGGGUUUGGAGAGGCUCAAGUGUGAACUGAUGGCCCUUGGACUGAAGUGUGGGGGCACCCUGCAGGAACGUGCAGCCAGACUCUUCUCUGUCAGAGGCCUGGCAAAGGAACACAUCGACCCAGCUUUAUUUGCCAAGCCUUCGAAAGGGAAGAAGAAAUGAAUCUCAUCUGAGCUCUUUCUUUCCUACCACUGACUCCUGCCUGAUGUGGACUCGUGGCCAAUAUUCCUGUUGAUAUUAAAAGCCAGUUUUAAAAUAA